GGGCGGCCUGGGCGCAGCGCAGCUGCCCAUCGCGCAGCCUCCGGGCAGAUCGGUUCGGCUCGCCGCUUCUGUGCGCCGCUUGGACCACGCGGAGUGCACAGGAGGGCCGCUCUGUCCCCGGCGCGUCGCAGGCAGACCCCGGGCCGACGGACUAUUUCUGUCUUAUCAGUGCAGGAAUGCGGCAGCCGCGGCGGCGGCGGCGGGCGGGCGGCGGCGGCGUGGGCCGUGGGCCGUCAGGGCAGCCCUGAAGGGGCCCCCUCCCCACUCCGCUCGAGUAGAAGUGUGAGAGAGCCCAGCAGGACUCAGAGGGGAGAGUUGGAGGAAAAAAAAGGCAGAAAAGGGAAAGAAAGAGGAAGAGAGAGAGAGAGUGAGAGGAGCCGCUGAGCCCACCCCGAUGGCCGCGGACGAAGUUGCCGGAGGGGCGCGCAAAGCCACGAAAAGCAAACUUUUUGAGUUUCUGGUCCAUGGGGUGCGCCCCGGGAUGCCGUCUGGAGCCCGAAUGCCCCACCAGGGGGCGCCCAUGGGCCCCCCGGGCUCCCCGUACAUGGGCAGCCCCGCAGUACGACCCGGCCUGGCCCCCGCGGGCAUGGAGCCCGCCCGCAAGCGAGCAGCGCCCCCGCCCGGGCAGAGCCAGGCACAGGGCCAGGGCCAGCCCGUGCCCACCGCCCCAGCGCGGAGCCGCAGUGCCAAGAGGAGGAAGAUGGCUGACAAAAUCCUCCCUCAAAGGAUUCGAGAGCUGGUCCCCGAGUCCCAGGCUUACAUGGACCUCCUAGCAUUUGAGAGGAAACUGGAUCAAACCAUCAUGCGGAAGCGGGUGGACAUCCAGGAGGCCCUGAAGAGGCCCAUGAAGCAAAAGCGAAAGCUGCGCCUUUAUAUCUCCAAUACUUUUAACCCUGCGAAGCCCGAUGCCGAAGAUUCUGAUGGCAGCAUUGCCUCCUGGGAGCUGCGGGUGGAGGGGAAGCUCUUGGAUGAUGUACGUCCUGGCCCAGUCCCUGUCACUUUCCCACAGCCCAGUAAGCAGAAGAGGAAGUUUUCUUCCUUCUUCAAGAGUUUGGUCAUUGAGUUGGACAAAGACCUUUAUGGCCCAGACAACCACCUUGUUGAGUGGCACCGGACACCCACCACCCAGGAGACAGAUGGGUUCCAAGUGAAGAGACCAGGGGACUUGAGUGUGCGCUGCACCCUGCUCCUAAUGCUGGACUAUCAGCCUCCCCAGUUCAAACUGGACCCCCGCUUAGCCCGGCUGCUGGGGUUGCAUACACAGAGCCGCUCAGCCAUUGUCCAGGCACUGUGGCAGUAUGUGAAGACCAACAGGCUACAGGACUCCCAUGACAAGGAAUACAUCAAUGGAGACAAGUAUUUCCAGCAGAUUUUUGACUGUCCCCGCCUGAAGUUUUCUGAGAUCCCCCAGCGCCUCACUGCCCUGCUGCUGCCCCCUGACCCAAUUGUGAUCAACCAUGUCAUCAGCGUGGACCCAUCAGACCAGAAGAAGACAGCGUGCUAUGACAUUGAUGUGGAGGUGGAGGAACCACUGAAGGGGCAGAUGAGCAGCUUCCUCCUGUCCACAGCCAACCAGCAGGAGAUCAGUGCUCUGGACAGUAAGAUCCAUGAGACGAUUGAGUCCAUAAACCAGCUCAAGAUCCAGAGGGACUUCAUGCUAAGUUUCUCCAGAGACCCCAAAGGCUACGUCCAAGACCUGCUCCGCUCCCAGAGCCGUGAUCUCAAGGUGAUGACAGAUGUGGCUGGUAACCCUGAGGAAGAGCGCCGGGCUGAGUUCUACCACCAGCCCUGGUCCCAGGAAGCCGUCAGCCGCUACUUCUACUGUAAGGUAACGGAGGCCCUGGAACAUGCAGCUUCCCUUCCCUUCAGUCCUAAGAGAAGUCUCGCCUCUCACCUGGCAACAGUCUUUGCUGCUGCCUAUGCCCAAUACCUGUCCACCACCCUACAUCUCCAUGCAGUAGUCUCCUGGCUCCCAGACUCUUUCGGGGAAGGGCUGCCACGAUAGGGUGCCCCUGGUCACUCACCAGGAUCACUGUAACCCUGCCCCUGAUCACACUUCCUCUAAAGAUCCAGCAGCGCAGGCAGGAGCUGGAGCAGUCGCUGGUCGUGCGCAACACCUAGGAGCCCGCGAACAAGCAUCACUGUGGACCAGCCACACUGCCCAGCAUAAGCCUUGGGCUCUGGACUCCCUCUCCCACGCUGUGCUGGGGGUGGGGAGGGCUGGAUUAAAGGUCACUCAUCAGAUAA